AGACAUUACACGAUUUAUCAUAACUUAAUAAUUUACUAUUUAUAUCUGCGCUCGAGAGUAUUCUGAUACACAAUUUUCAUAUUGUCUUACAAAUUGGAUAUCAGAAGCCCAUCUUUUUGCGGUUUGAAUUAACCGAUAAGUCUUGUUUGCAAUGUCAAAGACAGUGUUUAAUAUUUAGUUAGCGACUUGUGUCCUUUGAGUUUCAUCUUGUAGCAAUAUAACACCGCUUAGCCAUAUUUGGAAGAGGGGCAUUACACAUAUAACAUAAAGGCCGCAGUUAAACAAGACGGUUGAUUGAAGACCACAAUUUCGUGUUUUAAGUUUGUUAUACUGUAGAAUCUAUCCUCCAGCAAUAGCCACUUCGGGUAUUGUAUAUAUACAUAUAUAUAUAUAUAUAUCUAAUAGUCUUUAUUUAUUUGUUCAUUUUAGUGACGUUGACAUAAUAAAGGCCACUUGAUAUCGACCAACAGCUAACCAAGAUGAAGGCAGACGGGCCACUGAUAUCAAAACUACACAAAACUGAAUCCGAUGGAGAUAUAGAAGUGGUAGAAACAUUAUCAAUAGAAGAUAAGAAGCAAGCUUUAUAUAUAGCUGUUGAGUACCAGUUGUAUGAAAUUUUGAUAAAUCUGUUAGAACAUGAUAUUGAUUUACAUUAUGUCGAUAGUCGUCAGAACAACCUAUUACACAUACUUUUAGAUAAUAACAGAUUUGACAAUAGAGGUAGACGUGAUUUAUUAUUACAAUGUGUAGUUAAGUUAGUUGAUGCUGGUGUAGACGUCAACCAGGUGAAUGGCGAUAAUGAGACACCUAUAUUCAUAGCGGCUAAACAACGGUUGUAUGAAGUUGUGAUAUAUCUGUUAAAUCACGGUGUUGAUUUACAUCAUGUUAAUCGCAAUCAGUACACACUGCUGAACAUACUUUUAUAUUGCUAUUACGACAAUGACAAGAGAAGUGAUUUAGUAUUCCAGUGUGUGGUUAAAUUAGUUAAUGCUGGUGUAGACGUCAACGAGAUGAAUGGAGAUAGAUAUACACCUAUAUUUAUAGCUGCUAUGCGAGGGUUAUAUGAAGUUGUGAUGUAUCUGUUAGAAUACGGAGUUGAUAUACAUUAUGUUGAUAGUGAUCUUGGCACCUUGAUGCACGUCCUUGUAGCUAGCGAUGACAUGUAUUUCCAAAGAGAUAGACGUGAUUUGUUAUUCCAAUGCGUGGUUAAAUUAGUUGAUGCUGGUGUAGACGCCAACCAGUUGAAUAAAUAUAAAUAUGGACCUAUAUCUAUAGCUGCUUGUAAACGAUUCUAUGAACUUGUGAUAUAUCUGUUAGAACAUAGUAUUGAUACAAAUGUUGAUAUAUGUGGCAACAGCCUGCUACAUACACUUAUACGUUAUUGUAACAGACACGACAAUACAGGUACACGUGAUUUGUUAUUAAAAUGUAUACGUCAAGUAAUUAAAGCUGGUGUAGACGUCAACCAGACGAAUGUUGAAAAACUGACCCCUAUAUUUAUAGCUGCUUUUAGAGGACUGUAUGAAGUUGUGGUCUAUCUGUUAAAUUAUGUAGAUGUAAAUUAUGUUAACAGUUUGAAACGCAACAUUCUUCACUAUGUUUUAAGUUAUAUGUGUUCCUUUGUGCAAUAUGACGAGAAAUAUAUACAGCUCGUUAAUACUUUACUAAAAACGGAAUUAGACAUAAACCAACCUGACUAUAGAGGUAAUACCCCGCUGUUCUAUGUUGGUAAACAUAACGCGUCUGAUGACAUCCCUGGGUGGCGUAUGGGUAAAUCGUACGGAGUAAAAUUGAAAUUAGAGACAGGACAGGACAUCCAUGUUCCAUUGAAAUCUAAAUUGAUUAGCAUUUUAUUAGAAGCGGGUUGUAAUGUAAACCACCAAAACGAGCAGGGACAAACGGCUUUAAUGAACAACGUAAAAUAUCAAGCUGAUAUCAAAAUAUUAAAACUGUUAGUUCCGCAUUCUGAUCUGAGUUUAACUGAUAAUUAUAAUGAUACAGCAAUUAGUUAUUGUGUCCAAUUUCACAUGCUGAAUUCGACAGCCGUCUUUCAAACUUUAGUAGAUGCAGGUUUAGAUCUAAAGUCACCCAACAACGGAGUUAAGUUAUUCCUUGAUGUUUUAAAUUGUAAAAGAUUAGAGUUGUUCAAUUAUUACAUUGGGCGGCAAUUGAUUGUUAAUGGCGUUACAGCUGAAGGAGAAAAUAUGCUUCACCUUUUAGCUCGUGUUAACUAUGAAUAUUCUCUAACCGAAUUUUACUGGUUGCUAAAUAACGAGCUAGACAUCAACCAUCCUUGUUCUAAAACCAACACACCUACUAUGAUAGCUGCCUUUUUAUUAAACAGUAAAUAUUUAGAGCUGAUGACACAUCAUCCCAGACUAGAGAUCAAUACACAAAAUAACCAGGGUCAUACAGCUCUUCACAUUUGUAUAAUUAGAUUUACGAUGUUUAAAGAUGGCUUGAACAAGAGACAUUUAAAUGAUGUUGUUAAGCACUAUUGUAGACAGAUAUAUCCAAUAUACAUGGCCUGGUGUUGAUGGAAUAGAUGUAAAUAUUCCAGAUAAUGGAGGCAGCAAUGAAAAACGACAGAGUUCUUACACGGAAACUACUUCAAGAUGGUGCCAUAGUUACCAUGUUAGAUUAUUCAGGAAGAUCUGCUCUACAAUAUCUUAAUAUUUAUCAGAGUGUGUUUGAUUUGACUUGUUUUCAAUUACUUUUAUCUAAUGGUAAUGAUAAUACUGGUCUGCUCAAUAUACCCUGUAUGGAUGCUAAUACGAUUAUCCAAACAGCCUUAUGUUUUCCCCGCUUCUGGGAACCAUUUCAAGCCAUUUGUUUCAUUAGAUAUUUAAUUGCCCAAAACUGUUGUCUUCAGAUUCUCGUAUCAUCUUCACUUGAAAGUAAAUGUAACUAUAACCAAAUUAAUUUUACUGAGUUAAGUCUUCAAGACAGGGAUAAACUGAGAAAACUGUUAUAUCUUAGUGGCGCCAAAGGGGGGGAAAUUAUGACAAAAUUAAGUUUUUAUGAGGAAGACCACGACAUAAUUCCAUCACGUGACAGGGAAGAAUUUAUUAGUUUCUGUAGUAAUGUACCUCUUAUUUCACUGUGUAGAAGAAUAAUCAGGCAAAAUCUUGGAUUAGGAAUACAGGAAAAGGUUAAGGAUCUAGAAUUACCUCGUAUUUUAAAUGAUUUUCUUCUAUUAAAAGAUGUUCUUCAUCCACAAGAUUACAAUGUAAACCAUAUUGAUGAUGGCUGUAAUUAUUUUGAUGAUGAUGAUGAUUAUAAUGGCUAUGAUAUAGAUAGGGAUAGGGAUGGUCAUUAUAGUCUGUAUAACUACCAGUAUUUUACUCUCAAUACAGAUCAUGAACUAAGACAAGAUUUUCUAAAAAACGGAAUAUGUCCUAAUGAUGAUACUGCUCAUACAUUUGGUGAUUAUGAUGAUAAAGAUAAUAGUUUUUAUUAUUAUAUUGAUUUUGAUCAUGAUAUUGAUCCGGAUAAUGAUGAUGAUCAUCAUCAUUAAACCAUAUCAGAGAUAGCAAAUUUUACUGCUAGCUAAAUUUUAAAGUUUUGUCUUAUUCCGACUAGCGCAGUAGUAAUUGGAUAAUUACCCUCACCCUAGUGUAUAUGUAAAUUUAAUAAUCAUGAUAAUGAAAUUAGUAAUCAUUUGUUCAAGUAUUUCUCUAAUUGUUAUAUUCUAUACUUCAUUUCAUAACUGAUAGAAAACUGUAACUUUUAGAUUUAAUUUGAUAUAAGCAAAUAUUUUCUGUUUUACAUAUUUAAUAACUUUAUGUCCAAUGACGUUGCUCAUAUUGCUGAGAAUAUACCAAAAAACGAAAUAAAUUUCAAAGACUCGAUAACUGUUGUUGAGGAAUGUGGAACAGUAUAAAGAACU